CGCCCUCGCUGGCGGUUGCCGCCCGCCCUGGCCGUGAGGGACGGGGCGGGGGCGACCAUGGCGGCGGCGGAGGGGGGACGGGGCAGCGGCGGCGGGGACGACGAUGUCCCCUCCGCCACCCGCCUGCAGGCCUACGCCUGGUGCCGCGAGUUCCUGUCCGGUUCCUGGAAGCUCAUCGGACCGGAGGAGUUCGGGAUCUGGCCGGUCAGCGGGGGUCUCAGUAACCUCCUGUACAAGUGUUCGCUGCCCGAGCGCAUCCCGAGCGUGGGGGACGAGCCCCGGCAGGUGCUGCUGCGCGUCUACGGGGCCAUCCUGCAGGGCGUGGACUCUCUGGUCCUGGAGAGCGUCAUGUUCGCCAUCCUCGCCGAGCGCUCCUUGGGGCCGCGCCUUUUCGGGGUGUUCCCCCAGGGCCGCCUGGAGCAAUACAUCCCGAGCCGGCGGCUGCGCACGGAGGAGCUGCGGGACCCCGCGGUGUCCGGGGAGAUCGCGGCCAAGAUGUCGCGGUUCCAUGGGAUGGUGAUGCCCUUCAACAAGGAACCCAAAUGGCUCUUCGGGACCAUGGAGGGGUACCUGGAGCAGAUCUCGGAGCUCUCGUUCCCGGAUCCGGCCCAGCGGGAGCAGCUGGAGCAGCUCCGGAGCCUCAACCUGGAGCAGGAGAUGAGGAGCCUCAGGGCUCUGUUGGAGGCCACCCCGUCCCCGGUUGUUUUCUGUCACAACGAUGUGCAGGAGGGGAACAUUCUGCUCCUGUCGGGGCGCGAGGGCAGCUCCGACCGCCUGAUGCUCAUCGACUUCGAGUACAGCAGCUACAACUACAGGGGGUUUGACGUGGCCAAUCACUUCUGUGAGUGGGUGUACAGCUACAGCCACGAGCGCUGGCCGUUCUUCCUCGCCCGCCCUGAGCACUACCCCAGCCGGCAGCAGCAGCUCCAUUUCAUCCGGCAUUACCUGGCCGAGAGCGGCGGGGGCGGCACCGGGGGAGAACAACGGGAACGGGAGGAGCAGCUGCUGCUGGAGAGCGACCGCUUCGCCCUGGCCUCUCACUUUUUCUGGGGUCUGUGGUCGGUGGUCCAGGCCAAGAUCUCCACGAUCCAGUUCGGGUACCUGGAUUACGCCCAGAGUCGUUUCCAGGCCUAUUUCCAGCACAAAUCUCGCUGCUCCUGAGCCAGACCCCAAAUUUGGGGGGUCCCCAAAGGAUUUUGGGGGUCCCCAAACAAUUUUUGGGGUCCCCAAAUGAUUUUUGGGGUCCCCAAAU